UUUCCUGAAAACGUCACCAGCUCCCUCCGGGAAUUCUCUGCUGUGUGACUAGCUCGCAGCAGCAGUAAGUAGCGCGGUGUUUCACUUCUCAGUAUAUAAGCAGAGCGACAGAGAGAAGGAGCGUCUCAGUAUGGCCGUAUGAUAUAGUUUAUAAAACUUACUUACAGAACACCGCGCUACCUGUCUGCGGAACUGUUACAUUACCGAACGUUCAGGCGGAGGAUUCUAUCGGAAUAAUCAUUUCCUUCAUUCUGGAACACCAUGGCGUCAGUAGUGUGCCGAGUCCAGUUUCUGGACGAUAUGGACCCUUUCGUUUGCACCAAUUUUCCUGAACCCAGGAGACCUCCACCUUACACUCUGUAUGAAGACAUUUCCCUAAUUGAGCAGGUGGCCGGUGUGCAUAAGUUGCUGGAAUCUCCCUUAAAAUUGGAAGAUUGUGCUCUGCAGUUAUCUCCGAGUGGAAACUAUUUGGAUUUGGAUUUGACACUUUCAGAACAGAAGGAUGACCUGGAACAGUUCUAUGAAGAUAUUGGCAAGGGGAAGAAGCCCGUGCUGAUCCUGCGGACCCAGCUGUCUGUUCGAGUCCAUGCCAUACUAGAAAAGCUGUACAACUCGCAUGGGCCAGAGCUGAGACGAUCCCUCUUCUCUCUGAAGCAGUUAUUUCAGGAUGAUAAAGACCUGGUUCCGGAGUUUGUGAUUUCGGAGGGGCUCACGUGUCUCAUUAAAGUCGGAGCCGAGGCGGAUCAGAACUACCAGAAUUACAUCCUGAGAGCUCUCAGUCAGAUCAUGCUAUUCGUGGAUGGAAUGAAUGGCGUGAUCAACCACAGUGAGACAGUCCAGUGGCUUUACACGCUCACUGGCAGCAUGCACCGUCUGGUUGUGAAGACUGCUCUGAAGCUGCUCAUUGUGUUUGUGGAGUACACGGAGUCCAAUGCUCAGCUUCUCAUUCAGGCUGUCAACACAGUCGACGCAAAGAGAGACACCAAGCCGUGGUCCUGUCUAAUUGAAAUACUGGAAGAGAAGAAUGGAGCUGAUGUGGAGCUGCUUGUAUUCACAAUGACACUAAUAAACAAGACACUGGCAGCUCUCCCAGACCAGGACUCGUUCUAUGAUCUUACUGACUGUCUGGAAACACAAGGCAUGGAGACCAUCAUCCACAGACACAUGAACAACAAAGGAACCGAUUCAGACCUGAAGCACCAGUUCACUUUAUAUGAGAAUGCCUUGAGGUUUGAGGACGGCGAGCUGGACAGGGCCCUGCCCAACGUGCGGAGGGACCGAAGGAAGUUGGCGCCGAGCACUGAAGAAGGCCGGAAGAGCAGGCGAACUUCUGGACAGAACAUGACGGAGGCGACGUUCGCCUCCACAACCCCGUCCUCCUGUGCCUCCCCCAGCCCCACCCUGGAGAGCAGCCUGCCCAGUCUGAACCGCUCCCACAGGACCCCCCUGCCCAGCGACAGGGCUUCCAGCUCCCAGGACACGGGAUCCCAGAGCUUAUCUCCCGCUCUCUCUCCAGGCUCCGGGUCUCCCGCCGCAGCCAGCAAUGGCAUUAAUUUCCCUGCGGCAGAGCUCCAGCAGAGCGAGGGGACCCCCAGCACAUCAUCUUCUCACCGCCCUGGUCCUUUCACCAGGGGGCGCUCAUUCGUCAGUCAUUAUGUGCCACCUCUGGGCAUUGGGAGAAGGUCUAGACUCUCUAGCGGUCAGUCGGUGUCCGGGGAAGCUUCUCCCACCUCUGCCAGCCCUGCCUUCCAGGACUCCUCUCCCAACGGGAGCCAGUCGGAUCUGCACUGCACUCAGCCGGCACCAGAGAAGGAGGGCACAACUUCUGAAAGAGGCAUUUUCAAACUGCACCAAACUGACUCUGCUUGGACAGAGGAGGUUUGUUCUGUAAAUACGGAUAAACCUGUCCUAAGAAAGUUUGAAAAUCGCUUUUUGCAAAGUCUAGCUGCCACCCAAAGGGAGAAGGACAGGAACAGGUUAUCGCUCAGUAAAGGGAGGCUGGAUACUUUGUCUUCUCAAGAAGUGUCGUCAUCCCCAGACAUUGUGGUCACCUCCCCGAAGGGCCGCGACUCGCCAAGUGGUUUUAAUGAAGGCGGGGAGCGUCUGAGUGCGAAGGAGCGGCAGAGGGAGGCGGCGAGCGAGAAGGAGCCGUGCUCAGCCUCCUCCUCCUCCUCCUCCUCGGCCAGCAGCACCCUGGAGCGAGAGGACAAGACAGGCGACAGGCAGGCGGCACAUAAUGACCCAGGUCAAAGCCUCCUUCGGCAGAGCAGUCUGGAGCAGCACAGCACCCUUUCCAGCGAUAAGAAGUUCAUGCUCGACAUGUUGUACUCCAGGAACAAAAUCGUGGCCCUGAAGACACCCCAGGAGGCUGAGAAGGUCAGGGAGCAGGAGGAGGUGCAGGAAGGAGAGGAGGAGAAGGAACCAGGAGAGGGUCGGAAGCCCUCCAGCAAGGCCCGUCUGGCCAGCCGCAUUUCUGAUCUGGAGCCCCCCUACGAGCGAAGCGAGGAGAGCCAGCAAAGACCGGAGAUCGAGAGCAUGGCAGGGAGCGUGAGGGCAGCCAAGGAGAGGCUGAGCGAGGAGCGACAGCAGCAGCCCAGAACCCUCAGAGCACAGUACAGCAUUGAUGCUGAAAUCAACUCCAAGAACCUGGAGAAGACCCACAUGACCCCCUUGUCGAGGGAUGGCGAGUGCAUGUGGGACCAGCUGGAGACACACUCCAGGAAGCUGAAGAUCAAGGACCUGGACUUCUCAGACCUGCUCGAGGAUGAGGACAUUGACGUCUUGGACAUUGGCGUUUACGACUCGGGGGUUACAAACAGGGGCGCGGUCCCCCCUCCUCCCCCCACUCCUCUGGGCAGCACUGGCACCCUGCCACCCCCACCACCCCCUCCCCCUCCUCCUGGCCUGACUGGCAUGUGUCCCACACCUCCGCCCCCUCCCGGCAGUAGUGACCUCUCCUGCCCCCCUCCCCCACCUCCACCCCCAGGCCUGUGCAUGUCCCCCUCCUUAAAGACUGAGGACAGCGCCUUCGCCAAGAAGAGGAAGACUGUGAAGCUCUUCUGGAAGGAGCUGAAGCAGUCGGAAAGCCCCAGGAAGUGCACGUUUGGGAGGGGCACAGUGUGGGCCUCCCUGGACAAGGUGACUGUGGACACUGCCAAGCUGGAGCACCUGUUUGAGUCUAAAGCCAAGGAACUCCCUACUGCUAAGAAAGGAGCUGAAAUUAAAAAGCAGACAAUAGUUGUACUGGAUCCCAAGAGAAGCAAUGCAAUUAACAUCGGGAUGACGGUGCUGCCCCCAGUUCACAUCAUUAAGACAGCCGUUCUCAACUUCGAUGAAUUUGCAAUUAACAAGGAAGGCAUUGAGAAAAUCCUGACCAUGGUCCCGACGGACGAGGAGAAGCAGAGGAUCCAGGAAGCUCAGCUGGCCAACCCUGACGUUCCUCUGGGCACCGCAGAGCAGUUCCUGCUGAUACUGUCCUCCAUCAGCGGCCUGACCGCCAGGCUGCAGCUCUGGGCUUUUAAACUGGACUAUGAGAGCAUGGAGAAGGAGAUUGCAGAACCGUUGUUUGAUCUGAAGCUGGGAAUGGAGCAGCUUGCAAAGAAUAAAACGUUCAAAAACAUUCUGGCAACGCUGCUUGCAAUUGGAAACUUCCUCAAUUGUUCCAAUGCCAAAGGCUUUGAGCUGAGCUACUUGGAGAAAGUGACCGAGGUUAAAGACACAGUGCACAGGCAAUCUCUGCUGUACCACACCGCUAACUUCGUAGUGGAGAACUUCACAGAAACAUCAGAUGUGUAUUCUGAGAUUGCAGCCAUCACACGCUCCGCUAAAGUGGAUUUCGAUCAGCUGUCGGAAAGCCUGGUUCAGCUGGAGAGGAAGUGCAAGACGUCCUGGGACAACCUGAAGGUGAUCGCCAAGCAUGAGAGCAAAGCCGCACUGAAGAACAAACUGACGGAGUUCCUGAAGGACUGCACCGAGCGGAUCAUCAUCCUGAAAGUGGUGCACCGCCGCAUCAUCAACAGGUUUCAUUCAUUCUUGCUGUACCUCGGGCAGCCCUCUCACUCGGUGCGAGACAUGAAGGUGACGCAGUUCUGCAGGAUCAUGAGCGAGUUUGCUCUGGAGUAUCGCACCACGCGGGAGAGGGCCCUGCAGCAGAGGCAGAAGAGGGCUGCGUACCGGGAGAGGAACAAGACCCGAGGCAAGAUGAUCACAGAGACGGAGAAGUUCUCCGGUGCUGCUGACCCCUCGGAGAGCAGCCCGUCUCCCGUGUCCCAGCAGCAGCAGGGCCAGGCAGACGAGGAGCACGAGAACAUGAAGAACCUGCUGAUCCCGAGCGGGGAGCCCAGCGGCACACGCCGGAGCAGAGGCUACUGCAGUUUAGGUAGAACUAGUCCAUCCGAUUCGACAGUGUCAAAGGAGGACAGUUCGGGUUCACAGGACGAUGCUACUGAUGAAAUCAUGGAUCGUUUGGUUAAGUCUGUUACGCAAAACCCUAACCAGAGACCGUCGACCCCGAAAGAGAGGAAGAGGUCCCGGGCAAACAGGAAGUCGUUGCGGAGGACCCUGAAGAGCGGACUGACCCCUGAGGUGGUUCAGGCUCUAGGGCUGACCAGCGAGGUGUAACUGAUGUGUGUAGAGGAAGGUGGGGGGGGGGUUGCAUGGAAUGACUUUGCAUUGACGUGGAGGAGUUUACGGAGCGUCAUUAAUCACUAAAUAAAAAAGGGACAUGGCUUCAAAGAGAGGUGUAGUACGUUCUGAAAAGCUUCCUGAAGGCUUUGGAAUAUGAAAAGUGCAAGAAUAUGCUUGAUGGAAGAUGCUUGGCCCAACCUUGACAUCAUUGUAAUUUCCUAAGGUGCUAAGCAGUUGGGUUGUGAACAAAAGAGGGGUCAGAAAAGCCUCAAAAUACAGGCUAUUGCAUUGAAGUGUUUGUGGGUGAUGAUAAUCCCAUUCCUGUCAUGUGCUUGCACAAGUCUCAAAUGUGCAGUUUAGAAAGAAACACAUGGUAUCUUCAUUUUAAAACUUGAUGUCCAUUACACUGUUUCAACUCCUGACUGACAUGUUUUGCAACCAGAAGUGUGAGGUAAAGAUACCUCAGAGAUUAAACAACAUCGGUUUUCCUUAAAAGGCAUCCAAACUGAGAACGUCCCUUCACCUAGUGCAGAUAACACGUUCAAAUGAAUACCUUUGCUAUAACAUGUGGUAUUCACAUUUGAGACCUACACAGCAAAUGGAAGUUCAGGAUGGGUAAGAUCACUGUAACUAAUGUCAGGGACGGAAAUAAGACUCCUGUUGCAUAGCAGUUUGACCAAUGCCUGAUUUUACUAUGAGCUUGUUAACUGUACACUAUGGCUAAUCAAGCUCAUAGCAGCACCUGGAAUGGGUGAAACAGCUAUGCAAAAUGAGUCUUAUUUCAAUGCUUGCAAGUAUUGUGUUAUCUACAACCACUUCAAGCUACCAACAUUAGACAGUGAUGCAGUAUUGUCAUGAUGAUAACGCAAACCAAUUACCCAGCUUGUGUUAAAGCCGCUGUCUCUCUUACAUUUGCACAUUUUGUUUUUUAUAAAAUAAAAAAACAAUUUUAUAUGGAUAUACAUGUAAUCUGUAAUAUGAAUUGAUAGCUGGGUGCAGCCCCAAACUAUAGCAUACUCCAUACUGCUGAUUUGUAUAUAGAUAUACUGUAGUUCUCAGGAACCUGGUGUAAAGACUGUGCUUUAUAAUAACCAGUUUCAUAACAGUUGUGAUUGUGCAGUCUUGCACACACAUGAAAUGAAUGCAUUCUUCCUGGAUAGCAGAGAGAUAGUGUUACUUCUGAAAGGAGCUUGCAGGGAUAUAGUGAACAGCACCCAGUACAGUGGUGUUUCUGUUACAGGGCUCUUCUGAUGGCAUGGACUGUGUUAGUGUAUGGGUGGUACACAUAUCGUGAAGCAAUAUGUUCAUCCAUAAUGUGGAUACAAGCAUUUGCACUGGGAGUCUAAUACUAUUAGUCGCUGCAGUAUUAACUCAUAUGUACCUGCAUUGACAGCAUCAUGCAUUGUGUUGUCUCCCGCUGCACUCUUUAGCAUAAACUUAAACACAUGUGUUCUGAAACCGAUCAAGGAUUGCAAAUGGAUUGAUUGUGUGUGUUUACACUACGGAUCUAUGACUUUGUUUUCAUGUUUGUUAAAUAAACAGAACUCUGUAGGUGGUGCAUAGUUUUAUGAGCACAUUUGGUAAAAGAUUCUGAUUAUUAUAUUUUUUAUUUUUUGACUGUGCUUUUUGAAUGUUUUUGUUUUUUAAAUGUUAACCAAGCGUUUAUAAAUAUGUAAAAGUCUGAUAUAUGUUGGGUUUUUUGUUAUUAAAAUCUGGAGUGUACAUUUCAA